GCAUGCCAGUGCGGGCUGCUGCUGCUAUUUGCGGCGCCGCUGUGAGACAUUCAAUCUAUUUUGUUGCCCUGGGGGGGCCUCCUGUUCAGCUCCUAUUUGCCUCCAAUUUCUUCGCCCCUGCCGUCGGUAGUGGCGCCUUGCCUGCGGGAGUCGAACUGUUGGUUCUCACGCUGACUGGUACCUGUUAUCUGGUAGUAUCCAACAAACCCGGAUGA